AUGGGACUAACCCGCCCCUACCUCCUCCUCUACAACGCCCUCUCCCUAACCCUCUGGGCAACAUGCACCAUCCGCGGCCUCUCCCUCCUCCCAUCCACCAGCAUCCCCAAGAUAUUCAAUGAUGUCUACACCACCCUCCUAACAACCCAAUCCCUCGCCCUCCUCGAGAUCCUCCACAGUCUGCUCCGUCUCGUCCGCGCCCCGGUCCUCACUACCGCUAUGCAGGUCGCUAGUCGCAUACUUCUCGUUUGGGGCAUCAUGUAUCCGUUCCAGGGCGUUCUCGUGGGUGGAAGUGAGGAGGCGGGGCUUGGUGACUAUGCGUUCCUGGGUUGUUUGAGCGCCUGGGGUGUUACUGAGUGUAUUCGCUAUGGGUUCUUUGCGUUGCAGUUGUCCGGAGUGGGUGUGCCGGGGUGGUGGGCUUGGUUGAGGUAUAAUACGUUCUAUGUGCUCUAUCCGCUGGGUAUUACGAGUGAGUGUGUUAUGGUGUUUAAGGCGUUGGGGCCGGCGGGGGAGUUGGUGAGUCCGCUGUAUAAGUGGUUCUUGGUCGCGGUGUUGGGGAUUUAUGUUCCUGGAUCGUAUAUUUUGUAUACGCAUAUGAUUGCACAGAGGCGCAAGGCGAUGAAGAAGAAAUAA